UUUCGCUACGUUGUUAUCAAUAAGGUUUUCAUAUCAGAACAUAUUGGACGAAACGCAUUGACACUAAUCUGUAUGUGGUAGUCCAGUUAACUUGAAAACUUUGCUCCGUGAACCGAGAUGGGACCUCCAAACUCCAGAUCCAGCUUUGAGUGGGCUGUGUGUCUCCGCAUGAACGCUUUCAAAGACCCAAUGAUGUGAUCCAGCGACUGUAUGAAAGAACCUUUUUCACUUUUGAUCAGCGUGAUUAGGUGCUAAUCUUCCAAAGCAAGUCGGAUUUCUUAAAUGUCACUGUUCAAGUACUGAUAAUAAUGUUUAGAAAAAAACUAUUUUACACGUAGUCACGAAGUAUAUCCUCCAUCUUGCCUAUUCUCCUGCCUUGGUUUCCUUUGCUCUGCAUGUGGAGACGCCAUGGCUUAGCUUUCGGUGCUAGCUAGUCCCUCCCAAAAAGCGCUAGCGGGGUUAGCUGUAUGUAUUUGCCUGCCAACGCGCUAGCCGCCAUUUCAUUCUCCGAGGGAGGAGACGAGGAGUGCGACUUUUAACAGUGACGUGGACCCUGCACAAUGGUGAAAAUAUUCAUAGGGAACUUGUCCCCAGACACCACAUCAGAUGAACUUCGCUCUCUCUUCUCUCAGUAUGGCAAGAUUGCAGAAUGCUCAAUUGUCAAGAACUUUGGCUUUGUGCACAUGGAUGACAAAACAGAGGCAGAGGAAGCCAUCCGCAAUCUCCACCAGUAUGAGCUGAAUGGCCAGCCUAUGAACGUGGAAUUAAGUCGUGGCAAGUCAAGGGGAUCCACCAAACUGCACGUUGGCAACAUUGCCUGUACCAACCAGGAGCUGAGGGCCAAGUUUGAAGAGUUUGGCGCUGUGUUGGAGUGUGACAUAGUAAAAAACUAUGCUUUUGUUCACAUGGAGAGAAUGGAGGAUGCCAUGGAAGCCAUUAAUCAGUUAGACAACACAGCUUUUAAAGGUCCUAAUUCACACUCCAGUCCAAACAGUGGCUCAGUUUCCCAUCUCUCAUUGUCUUGUAACACGCUGUGGUAUAGCUGCAGUUAGCAAGUAUGUAAAAGCAGGUCCAGCCUGAUUCCUUACGUGACACUGCCACAACUGAAUUUUUGCCCUUCUGAAAAAAACAUACAUAGCCUGAACACAUUACAUUAGUGCAUGGUGCUUAUUGUAAAGGUGAGUCUUCUGUUAAUAGAACUUAAAGUGUAUUCAGCAGCUUCUAAUGUAUUAUGUGCGUUUAGUGUAUUUGUGUUAGUGGAAGUAUGCCUCAUAACUGCAGCGACGGCUAAACAAAUGUGAGUGCUUGAAGCCUGAAAACGAGGACCUUCUCUUCCUUCUCAUGGUUCCAUUUUUCUGUUCGGGAUCAGAUGAAAACAUUUGUGAAAUUAAGAUGGGAGAACUUUUUUUUUUUUCUUAAGCUACAUUGUGUUUGAUUUUUUUUUUCUUUUUCUUUUAUUGACAGUAGGAACAUUACUUAAAUUCCAUUGAUUUCCAUUGCUAUGAUAAAUAUGAGAUUCACAUGUUCAACCUGUAGUAGUAAAGCAUUGACCUCGGAACCUUUUUGUCUGUAUUGAUUUCUCACUAUUAGGUUAUAAUAAAAAAUCUGUCUAAA